AUGGCUGACAAAUUCCCAGAUUUAGAUAGCAGUAGCGGCGUUGUUGCUGAAAAUGAGUUUAACGAAACUGAUUUUUUAAAGAGAGAGGCUGAAGUUUUGGGUGAUGAAUUUAAAACAGAUCAAGAUAAAGACAUCUUAACUAGCAAUAUUAGUAAUGUAGAUGCUGCUACUUUGGAAAAUCAACAAGAAAACACGAACAACGAUGUACAAAACAAUGCCUCUUCUAACCAUGAUGAUGAUGAUGAUGAUGAUUUUGGUGAUUUUGAUCAAAACACUAGCACCACUGCUACUGAUACUGAUACCAAUACUCAUGAACCUUCACAGGCACUAGAACAAUGGAAGGAAGUCCGCGACGCUGAAAUUAAACAAAAAGAUGAAACGGAUAAACAGGCCAAAGAUAACUUAAUUAAAGAGGCUACUGCUGAUAUCGAUCAAUUUUAUGAAGACUAUUCAAAGAAGAAACAAGUUAAGUUAGACGAGACAGCUAAAGAAGCUGAAGAAUUUAGCAAGCAAAAAGAACAGUUUUUCACCCAAAAAGAUACAACUACUUGGGACAGAGUUUUACAAUUGAUAAACACUGAUGAUGCAGAUGUCAUUGGUGGUAGAGAUAGAUCCAAGUUUAAGGAAAUUUUGUUAAAGUUAAAGGGGAACGAAAAGGCACCUGGUGCUAGUGGAUAUUAA